AAUUCCACAAGCAACUCAAGCAUUCAGUCUUCUGACCUGUUCCACCUACACAGGGCAUUUCAUGGCUUAAGGAUGAUGGCCUAGAAGGGAAGGGAGAGACGUAAUUUGGAUUCAGUUCAAUAUGGGAAAAUGCUUAAGCUGCUGUGAAGAGGACCAGACCUUCCAACCACAUGGGAAUCAAGUUACUUCAGACUUCCGGCAUCAUGGAGCCUCUUCUGUCCCACGAUCAAGUAGCUAUCUUGCACUUAAAACAUCUCGCCCCUCUGCAACACAUAAAGCCAGUUUAUCCAGAGGAAGAAAAAAGUCAUGGCUUUCAUCAAGUUCAUCUUUUUCUGGAAAAAGUUGUUCUUUAUUUAGAUUUCAAAAAAGCAAUUCUUCUAUUCACCGGCAACAAAGUAGAGCAAACUUUGAUUCUCAAGAAUACCUAAGCUGCAUUGAUUUAAAAUCUUCCUCAGACCAUUUUGGUGUAUUUAGAACCCACAGAUCAUUCCCUUCCCAUAAACUAAGUGUCGUUUCCUGCUACAAGAGUGCCAUUUGUUUUGAUCCUCAAUCAGAGAGUCAAAACAUGCUUAUUAUGAAUGAAAUUGAACUCUUUUCUGGAAACCAAAGCAAUACUGCUGCUGAAAAACAUAUAAGCUCCUCUGCUCCCAAAUAUACCACUAAAAACUUUAAGAAUUUUGAAACAGCUGCUUCUUCGGCCCAUGUUCAGAACACUAUUGAUGGAAUCCCCAAUCAGCAAAACACAGCAUCCUUCUUCCCUCUUGCAACUGUUGUUGCUUCUUCCCAUCAACAAAAUGGAAUUGCUACUGAUACACAACAAAGAGGCCAAAUAAGUAAAGAUUUGAAAGAUUCCCUUCAUAGUGGUUCUCAGAGUCACAGCACAAAGUAUUCUCCAGCUAUGACUGAACGGCAUCCCUCUCACCAUGUAACUUCUCCUAGUCUCCAUUCUGUUGGAUUUUCUUCAUCUCCCAAAAAAGCUGGUAGCUUUAGCUCACCUCCAAAUGAAACUGCCUUAAGCUCGUUUGAAGAUGAAAACUUGACUCAGAAUGAAGACCUAUCUUCACCUGCUGAAAUUCCUUUAAAAAGAUAUAUUACAGCUAAUACUGAUACAGAAGAACGGAAUUUUCCAGUCUCUAAAUCAUUUAACGUACAUGUAGAAGAAUUAAAGUUAGAUGCCCUUCUUCAGAAGGCAGAUCAUUUACGUAUGGAUGAAUCUGGCAAGUUGGAGAGUUUUGAACUACUUUGUGACCACAAAGAAAAGUUUAGAGAUGAAAUAGAGUUUAUGUGGCGGUUUGCUCGUGCUUAUGGAGACAUGUAUGAGCUAUCUACAAAUACACAAGAAAAGAAACAUUAUGCUAAUAUUGGAAAAACUUUAGGUGAAAGAGCUAUUACUAGAGCACCCAUGAAUGGACACUGUCAUCUGUGGUAUGCAAUUUUGUGUGGCUAUGUAUCUGAGUUCGAGGGCUUACAAAACAAAGUCAACUAUGGACAUAUCUUCAAGGAUCAUCUAGAUAAAGCAAUCCAACUUUUGCCUGAAGAAUCUUUUUUGUAUUACCUCAAGGGAAGAUAUUGUUAUACUAUAUCAAAACUGAGCUGGAUCGAAAAAAAAAUGGCUGCUACUCUAUUUGGAAAAGUACCAUCUUCAACGGUACAAGAAGCUUUGCAAAAUUUCCUUAAGGCUGAAGAACUACAUCCUGGUUAUUCUAAUUCCAAUUACCUGUACUUGGCAAAGUGUUAUACUGCUAUUGAGGAAAAACAGAAUGCUUUGAAGUUCUGUAAUUUGGCAUUAUUACUUCCUUGUGUUACCAAAGAGGAUAAAGAGGCACAGAAAGAGAUCAAAAAAAUAAUCGCUUCCUUGAAGAGGUAAAUAAAAGAACUUGCUCUUCAACAAAUCAGAUGUGGUCUACUAAAAUUUAAACUAAUCAAAAUUGUGUUUUUAUUAUCCCUUUUUUCUUUUUUGAUGUAAGGGUAAAUGAGCUCAGAUUUGAAGGUAAAACCACGUUUCUCCAGAAUGCAUUCCACUAGUAGCACUACAAAGCUAAUCAUGUUAUUUGGAGAAUCUAUUUACUGUAAUGUCAGUACAUAAUAAUCUAUAGGCAUGUAUGCUUUAUAUUUUUCCUAUCAAUAAACAAUAGCCUUCAGAAUAUUUCUUUAAAUAAAAUAUUUAAAUC